AUGGGCCCGUUUAAAAAGUCCGCCAGCACCCCCUGCUCCAGGCUCGCGGCAUCCGCCGGGCCCAACUCGUCCUCGCCAGCAUCCAAAAGUAGUCCGCCCUCCCCAUCAGACGCCCCACCCUCCAACUCCGUGGACAAUGCGCUCUUUGGGAAGGCCAACAUUAAGGUCGUGGGCGUGGGAGGAGGCGGCUCCAACGCCGUGAACCGCAUGAUCAAAGCUGACAUGCAGGGCAUCGACUUUUGGGCCUUAGCGUCCUCCCCUGUCGCAGCCACCAACAAGAUGCAGAUUGGGGAGACGCUGACCCGGGGGCUGGGUGCGGGUGGCAAGCCUGCCAUCGGUCAGAAGGCGGCUCAGGAAAGCAAGGCGCAGCUGGAGGCUGCCCUUGCCGGCUCCGAUAUGGUCUUUGUCACGGCCGGCAUGGGCGGUGGCACCGGCUCUGGCGCAGCCCCGGUGGUGGCGGCCAUCGCCAAGUCCCUGGGCAUCCUCACUGUCGCCAUCGCGGCCGAGGCGAUCGAGGCGCUGCGUCAGAGCGUGGACACGCUGAUCAUCAUCCCCAACGACAAGCUCCUGGCGGCGGUGGACCCCAACCUGCCAGUGACUGAGGCCUUCCGCGUGGCAGACGACGGCGUGCGCGGCAUCUCCGACAUCAUCACCGUCCCCGGCCUGGUCAACGUCGACUUUGCCGACGUGCGGGCGGUGAUGGCCAAUGCCGGGUCCUCGCUCAUGGGCCAGGGGCGGGCGAGCGGCAAGACGCGUGCGCGCGACGCGGCGCUGGCCGCAAUUUCCUCCCCGCUCCUGGACACGGGGAUCGAGCGCGCCACGGGCAUCGUGUGGAACAUUACGGGCCCGGCGGACCUCACACUGUACGAGGUGAACGAGGCCGCGGAGAUCGUGUACGACCUGGUGGACCCCGGGGCCAACCUCAUCUUCGGCGCGGUGGUGGACCCCAAGAUGACGCAGGAGCCUCCGGCCACCAGCCAGGGGCGGGGGACGUCCAUCCAGGUGCCAGACUUCCUGCGGCGACGAGCCCCCAAGAACUUCAACUGA